AAAACAACGUGACCUGUGACGUCACCCGCUGAGCGACGGCGUCAUCUGGAUCUGCAACACGGGCUGUCGGGGUAGCGUGAUUAUUUUGAAACCCCGAAAAUGGUGAAAUCGGGGAAACUUAGAUCUGGGACGGGGUCGAAACUCAAACGGUGGAAGAAGGGACACAGCAGCGACUCCAACCCGCAGACGAGUCGCUUUCGGCAGGCAGCUAAAAGCCGCUUCUUCAGCCGACCCACCGAAAAGAGUGAUCUAACAGUUGAUGCUCUGAAGCUACACAAUGAGCUGCAGACAGGUCCACUGGAGCUCAGUGCAGGCGGCCGUAAAGAUGCCUCUAUGGAAGAUGAGCCAGACCAGGCGUUCUCAGACAGGACCUCCGGUACCUUCCUCAGCGGUCUGUCAGACUGCUCCAAUCUGACAUUCAGAAAGGUGCAGCGCUUCUGGGAGUCCAAUUCAGCUGCUCACAAAGAGAUCUGUGCAGUGUUGGCAGCUGUUACUGAGGUGAUCCGUGGUCAGGGAGGGAAGGAAACAGAAACUGAGUACUUUGCAGCUUUGAUGACCACGUUGGAGGUUGUGGAUUCAGCGGAGUCACAGGCUGCGGUGGCCUACCUCCUCAACCUCGUCAUGAAAAGGGUCCCUGCUCCGGUGCUCAUGUCUAAGUUCUCGGACACCACCAAGGCUCUGAUGGACGUCAUGUCUAAACAGGCCACAUCUGAGACCGCCUCAGCUCUUAGAUGGAUCCUGUCAUGCCUGGCUACUCUGUUGAGGAAGCAGGAUGCAUCUGUCUGGACUUACCCAUCAACUCUUCAGGCUUAUCACGGCCUGCUCAGCUUCACAGUGCACAACAAACCAAAGGUGCGUAAAGCAGCACAGCAGGGGGUGUGUUCUAUUCUCAGAGGUAGUGACUUCCUGUUCACAGAUAAGGCUCCAACACACCAUCCCGCUGCAGUGACCACAGCCAAGUUCUGCGUUAAAGAAAUGGAGCAGGCAGGAGGCAGCAAAGAGGACACCACCACACUUCAUGUGCUGGGUCUUCUGAAGGAGUUGAUGGGGACGUUUCCUCUGGGAGCUGUCAAGUCCUGUUGUGAGACACUGCUGCGAGUGAUGACACUCAGCCAUGUGCUGGUGACGGCGAGCGCCAUGCAGGCCUUUCACAGGCUGUUCAGCGGGAAGCCGAAUCCUUCAACUCUGACACCAGAACUCAACGCGCAGAUCAUCACGGCUCUGUAUGACUACCUGCCCAGUGAGAACGACCUGCAGCCUCUGCUGGCCUGGCUCGCCGUCAUGGAGAAAGCACAUGUUCACUUGGCAAGUUUGCAGAGUUCUCUGAGUUUGGGUCACCUGCCCCGCCUCUUCUCUGCUGCCAUGUCUUGCCUGUUGUCACCUCACACACAAGUGGUUUCUGCAGCCACCAACACACUCAAGGCGCUGUUGACUGAGUGUGUGGCCCCUCACAUGGAGGAAAUGGGCAUGAUCACUGCCACAGCCUCUGCAGGGAACCCUUCUUCUGUCUGCAAAAUGUUUCGUAUCGUAGAAGAGGGAUUGUCCUAUCGCUUCCAUGCCUCCUGGCCAUUUGUUCUGCAAGCACUUGGCUGCUUCUACCGCGUUGCAGGGAAACAAGCUCACCCCAUCAUGACCAAGUCCCUGCAGUCUCUGGCAGACCUGCGCUCUACUCCACAAUUCCCCUUCAGUGGUGAGUUGGAUCUGGCUGUAGGAGGAGCUGUAGAGAGCAUGGGGCCCGAAGUUGUGUUGGGCGCUGUGCCUCUUAACAUCACCGGCUACGACGAUGACCUGGAGUUUCCACGCAGCUGGUUGGUCCCGGUCAUUCGAGAUCACGUGAAGAACACUAACCUGGGUUUCUUCAACUCAUAUUUCCUCCCUCUGGCCUCUACACUCAAGCAGAGAGCUGAAGAGUUGGAGCAACAGGGACAGAAACUGGAGGCCAAAGUCUAUCAGACCUUACAGCUUCAGAUUUGGACCAUGCUCCCUGGUUUCUGUACAUGUCCCACAGACCUGGUGGCAUCCUUCAAAGGCGUCGCCCGCACACUGGGCAUGGCUAUUAAUGAACGGCCAGACCUGAGACUCACAGUCUGCCAGGCUUUGCGCACUGUCAUCAACAAAAGCUGCAGCACAGAAGAAGAAAAGGCUGAAGUGGGCCGCUUCGCUAAGAACUUCCUGCCCAUCUUGUUCAAUGUGUACAGCCAGCAGCCCGCAGCCGGAGAGUCUGGCACCUACAGGAUGGCUGUACUAGACACCAUCAAGGUCUAUUUAACUGUCACCGAAAUGCAGAUGAUCAAUACAUUCCUGCAAAAAGCCACAGAGAGAUUGAGCUGCACAGAGAGCACCGAGUUCACACGGCUGUCAAUGAUGGACCUCGUGGUUGCCAUGGCUCCCUUUUUAGAUGAAGUCACCAUGACUCAGACCUUUGAGCUGAUCAGGCCAUAUUUGCAGACUAAAGAACCAGGCAUGCAGAAGAAGGCGUACCGUGUGCUGGAGGAGAUGUGCGGAGGAGAGCGAGACGAGUGUAGAUCGUUUGUCGUGGCUAAUCUAGAAACUCUAAAAGUCGUCCUGCUUGAGACGCUGAAAAACGCCUCUUCACCAGCAAAGAGGCCGAGACUGAAGUGUCUGAUCAACAUCGUGAAAAGGCUCAGUGAAGAACACAAGGACUUUAUCACUGCACUGCUGCCAGAGGUAAUUAUAUGUACCAAAGAGGUAUCUGUCGGAGCUCGUAAGAACGCCUACAAUCUGCUGGUGGAAAUAGGAAAUGCAUUUGUCCGCUUCUGUGGGAACAAAAAAGAUGCCAUGGAGCAGUAUUUGGUGUUGGUGUACGCAGGACUCACAGGCUCGGUCACCAUGAUCACCUGCACAAUUUUGGCCCUAACUCGACUGGUGUUUGAGUAUAAAGACUCAAUAGAUGUGACCACCAUGGAACAGCUGCUGCACAAUGUUUGCCUCCUGCUGGGAGCUCGUACCAGGGAGAUAGUGAAAGCUGCCCUGGGCUUCAUCAAGGUCAUCCUCUUCAUCAUGGAUUCCAAGGCUCUGGCUUCACAUGUCACCGUCAUGAUGGAAGGCAUUGGGAGCAUCAAGGAUGACGUGAGAAGGCACUUCAGAACCAAACUGAAGAAUAUCUUCACAAAGUUUAUCAGAAAGUUUGGUUUUGAGCUGGUGAAGAGCAUGCUGCCUGCAGAACACCACAAGGUGCUGGCAAACAUCCGCAAGGCCGAGGCGCGCACCAAGAGGCGGAAACAAGCCGCAGAGCAGGAGGACGACUCGGAAAGCGAAGAAGAGGCACCUAAAACCAAGAAUGAAAGUAUUGAGGACAUCCUUGCAGAGUCAGACAGUGACAUGUCAGAGGAUGAAGGAAAGGCCGGUAAUGCUCAGAAGAAAGCAGGCAAACAGCAGAAGGGACGCGCCUGGCUCAAAGAAGGAGAAGAAGAUGACCCGCUCAACUUCCUGGACCCCAAGGUUUCCCAGAGAGUACUAGCUACAAACCCAGAGCUGAAAAAGAGCGCCAAGGUUGAGCACGGCUUCAAGGUGACCUCAGACGGACGGUUGAUCAUCAGAGAAGAUGAAGAAGAGGAUGUAAAAGACAAAGAUAAGGGAGAGAUGAACGAUAUCCUAGAAGAAGCUGGGGUCAAGAGCAAAAAGACACAGAAGAGAAAGUUUCAAGACGGCAACUUUGAUGACGACAUGGACAUUGAGCCUGAGUUACAAUAUAAAGCUGGGGGCUCGGGUAUCCACAGGCCCCUGGGAGGCAGCAGAGACAACGGAGCAGACUACAAGUCGAAGAAAGGAAAAGGAGAUGUGAAGAAAAAAGGAAAACUCGACCCUUACGCUUACAUCCCUCUCAAAAAGGCCCAGCUCAAUCGCAGGAAGCGAGCCAAACUGCAGGGCCAGUUCAAGGGCAUGGUGAAAGGAGCCCAGAAGGGGGCGCUGUCAGGAAAGAAAAUGCAGAUGAAAAAGAGGAAAGCCUGAAGAGCACAUUUUAUAUCGCUCAAUGGACUCCAAAUAGGUUGUGUGUGUGUGUGUGAUGGUGUGUUCAUCAACAUACUGAAAUAGGCAGAUACAGCGUGGGAAGUGUGUGUGUUUCUGACAGACUGUCUAGAAAGGUGAUAUCAGUUUGUUUUUAAACUGUGCCUCUUACAGAGCUCUAGAAAUGCUCUGACGUCCUACAGCUUUCUCAAGUCAGUUGUGUGUGUGUGUGUGUAUGAGUGAGUGUGAGUGAGUGACGACAAACAUGUUGACUGUCCCUGCCUUGGUGAAUAUUGACUGACUAAAUGGAAAUUCAUUUGGCUGUCAAAUAAAUCACAAAAGUGUUAUCUUUUGUGUAUGCAUCCGAUAAAACUCUCCCUUCUGACAAACAUUAAAAGAUAUUUAUGUGUCUAGAUAUGUUCGGGAAGAGUGAUAUGUGCCGUUGUUGUUGCAUUAUGUGGUCACUUGAGGGCGCUGUAGACUUCUGGAUUAUUAACACUGCAUAAGAGCAUUUAUGAGUGCAUUUAAGAUGAUUAAAAUACAUCAUUAAAACUG